CUAGACUGACCUGUUUGUUUACGUUGUUGAGUGCGUUUGUUAUGUCCUUGCUAAAGUGAUUGGAUAGUGUAUUUAAUUUAGUUUUGUUUUAAAAAUCGGUAAAAUGGCUUCGGCAGAACAAUUAGGUUUGAAUAAAACGUGGGAGCUUUCCUUAUAUGAGCUCCAUAGGACCCAACAAGAAGCUAUUACAGACAAUACUGAAAUUGCUGUUUGUCCACGAAGUUUGCACAGUGAGCUUAUGUGCCCAAUAUGUCUGGAUAUGCUUAAGAAAACUAUGACUACCAAGGAAUGUUUACAUAGGUUCUGCUCGGAUUGUAUUAUUACUGCAUUGAGGUCAGGUAACAAAGAGUGUCCUACCUGUAGAAAAAAGCUUGUCUCUAAAAGGUCAUUACGUCCUGAUCCGAACUUUGACCUGCUUAUAUCUAAAAUAUAUCCUAGUCGCGAUGAAUAUGAAGCUCAUCAAGUUAGGGUUCUAGAGACACUGAAUAAAAACCACAGUAGAGCUGCUUUGAUGUAUUCUAUUAAUGAAGGUAUUAAAGUUCAAACACAAAACAGAUUACAGAGGUCAAAGAAAUCUACUAACGAUGCCGAACAAUCACAGGGUAAUUCUCAAGAUGUAAACAGUAAUGAUUCUAAACCACCUACUACUAGUCAACCUAAUGCCUCUAGUGCAGGAACAACUAAAUCUGAUUCACAAACAUCUUUCAACCUUCAAACAUCAGCCAUGUCGAAUGAAGAUUCCAACGGACCCAAAAUGCCUAAGAGACCAAAACACGAGGUGACGUCAUCUGAAAAUGAUUCUGGUGAUUCUAGUAUGGAUGCAUCAGCUGGACAUGAAUCUGCUACUGAAGGAGAAGGUCCAUCUGAUAUGAUGACUCUUGAUGAAAUUGAACUUGUUUUUAUGCCCCAUCCUACUGAAAUGACUAGUGAAAAUAGCCUCAUGAAGGCUCUGAAGGAUAAUGCUAUCCGCUAUAUCAAAACUACUGCUAAUGCGACUGUUGAUCACUUGAGUAAAUAUUUAGCUACUAGGCUCGCUCUUGAUUUGGGAUCUGAACUACCUGAGAGGUCCUUAAAUUUCUGUAUCUAUGUAUCACCUAAUCAAGGACAAUUUGUACUCCUCAAUGGCUCUCAAACAUUACGCUAUGUAAAUGAGAAAUAUUGGAAAAUCAAUAAGCCUCUUGAAAUGUAUUAUUCUUGCAAGAAAACAUAGCUAACAAAGAAACAAAGGAAGUGACGUUCCAAAUAAGUAUGAUAUAUAGUUAUUGGAAAUAUUGAACUUUGGACUUUUUUUUAUUUAUAUCUACAACACAACAGUAAUUACAAUUGUGACUGAAAUUGGAUUUAAUGAUAAAAUUACAUUUUAAAAUGAAUAUUUUAUUAAUAAAUAACUGCUCAAUAUAAUUAUUAUUCCAUAAUUGAGAAAUUUGGAAUGUGAUUGUAAAUAGGUAAUUGUUGAUAUUUAUUCAACUGGUUUUGCUUAAACAAAAUGUAUUUAUUUUUAUCAUAGGACUCAAUUUUUCAUCGUGUAUUGGAACCA